CAGUACUUCCGCAAUUUUAGGGUGAAGUGUUGGGCAUUUUUUUCCUUUGUUGCAAACCUCUUUCAUGUCUGUCCUUGUGGGAGAUGGUUGGGCUUUCAAAGGGACUUUGCUUCCAGUCUGUUGUCAUAUCACAUGUCCCAUAACCUCUGGAACUUUCCACUUUAUGUUCACGGGAGGGUGAGGAUGAAAAGGCAGUAAGGGCUUAUUACAAUCAUGAUAAUAAGUUUGAGGAGGUGGCCCCGCUUUAAGGGCCUCCGUGGCCCAGUCUUUGAGAACCGCUGAUGUAGCUAACUUUUUUUUGCUCCUAAGAGAAGUUCAUGGUUCUUACGGAAAGACUUGAAGCAGACAGAAAAGCUGUAAGGAAAGAAAUGACAGCUGCCCAUUACACCACACCCCUGUGGUGUUGUAUCUUAAUGAAGUGUAGCUGCUGACUGCCGCGUGGGUGGGGUAGGUGCAGGUGGCUUCCCGGUUUUUGAAUGGGGAACAAGAAUUCGGCCUACCAUCCCACAAAGCUGACACCGGUUCCUGGUUGCAGGCGGAGUUGACCCGGAAGCCUGUCCACGGCCACUGUCCUUUCUAAGCCCAUCUGGCGGGGGAGAUCUCCACAGAACGGAGGCAAUGAUGAUCUUCAGGCAGGUGUCACUGGGCGCCAAGGUGGGCUUGGCUGCUGUCAUUGUCUUCAUAUCCAUGGUCAUCUCCCGCGCCUUUCUGGCACACAACCUGGAGUUCAAGGCCUGGCGGAGGCUCUUCCGCCUGCAGCUCGUCCUGUUUGCUAACUCGUUGCUGCUCGUUGGCUCUCUGUAUAUCUGGCGUAGCUUAGUGAGCAGUCUCGGUUCGUUCCCGGGUGCGGGCUCCACCUGUUUCCGGCUUUGGAAGCUGACUGUGAUGGUGUUCCUGGGCCUGACUCAUUCCAGCUUCUUCACCAUGUUGUUCCUGGUGGCUGAGGAGCCGCAUCCUUUGUCCCUGGCUGCCUACUCCUGCCUGGGCGCGUACAUCUUCAUGCUGUUCUUCCUUGUCAUCUUCAGCGGCGUGGAGCAGGCCUACCAGCUCCUGGCCUGGCACCACGGCCGGGUCCAGAGCAGCCCAGACAAGAUGAGGAAGCUGGCACUCAGGCCCGUGCUGGCCGUGACAGUCACUGCUGUGCUCAGCAUAGUCGGGCUUCUAAACGCUGCCCAGCCACCGGCUGUGAGAACCGUGGAGUUGCCCAUGCCUUCGCUGCCUGCCUCCAUGAACAACCUCAAGAUGGUGCUCCUUUCGGACAUCCACCUGGGCCCCACGGUGGGCAGGACCAAGAUGGAGAUGUUUGUGCACAUGGUGAACAGGCUGCAGCCUGACGUCACGGUGAUCGUGGGUGACCUGUCCGACUCGGAAGCCUCUGCCCUGCGGGCGGCAGUGGCUCCCCUGGGCCAGCUCCGUUCCCGCCUCGGCACCUACUUCGUCACGGGCAACCAUGAUUACUACACGCUGGACGUCAGCAACUGGUUUGCUGUGCUGGGAGCCCUGCACGUAAGGCCCCUGCAUAAUGAACAUGUGAGGAUCUCAGCCAUCGGAACCUACCCUGCUGGGGAGGGUGGAGCAGGACAAGACUGGGUUUGCUUGGCCGGCGUGGAUGAUAUCGAAGCGGAUAUCCUGCACUACUCCGACCACGGCAUGGAUCUGCACAAGGCCCUGGAGGGCUGCAGCCCAGACCACACCACUAUCUUACUGGCUCACCAGCCCCUGGCAGCCAAGAGGGCCCUCCAGGAGCGGCCAGAUAUUAACCUGAUCCUGUCCGGGCACACACAUGCUGGGCAGAUCUUCCCCUUGAAUGUGCUGGCCUAUCUCCUUAACCCGUUCUUUGUAGGUCUGUACCAAGUGACGCCAGCUACCUUUGUGUAUGUUAGCCCGGGAACAGGCCACUAUGGGAUACCCAUGAGGUUGGGCAGCCGAGCAGAGAUCACAGAGUUCAUCUUACAGCAGACUCCCUGAGCUGGUCCUGCCCUGGCACCCCAGCCCUGGCUGUCUACCUACCCUUCUUCCCAGUGGUUCAUCUGCCUGAUCCCUCCAGCCCCUCCCAGCCAGCUCUGCAGUCAGCCAUGCGGACAUACACCUGACUCAGCGAUUGGGGGUGAGGUCACCUAGCAGGUUCAGGCUGCUUCAACCCUUUGAUCAGCUCUUUGCUUCUCGGAGUGGAUGCCAGUGAGGACACAGCCAGGUGGACUUCAGGGAGCCACAGAGAGCUUUGGCCACCCCACUGCCUUUUCGUGCAACACUGCUUGAGUUGGAUAAUUGGGGACUAGCUGCUUUUCCCUGCUUUGAGGUGAGGAAGCUGAGGCCAGGCGAGGAAGGGCACAGGUAGCCUGAUGAGGGACUAGGAGGUGUGGGAGCCAGAGGUCAGUCUGUCUGCUCCCGUGAGGUCUUCCCACAGCCUGUUGACUAAGUAAUUGGAUGGGUUACAGGUGAGCCAGGGAUUCACAUGCAGUUGAGGCUGAUUCUGUUUACACACAGGUGCGCAGAGCAGAACCCGGAGUGCAGGACAUCCAGCGUGUUUGAAAAAGGAUCAGGAAACUGGAGUCCCCCCUCUCCCACCCCUUCUCAGGUUGAGGUCUGGCUUUCUGUUGGAAGCAGAGGUUGACUGUCCAGCCAUGGAGACUGGCAGUGAUCUGUGCCCGAGGUGGAACUUUGCAAGCUUCCUGCCUAGGGCCAGCUGUGCAAGGUGGGGGUGUCCUUCCUGUUGGUGCUUGACACCUGCUGACCUCAAUGAGCCUAGUCUAAAGGGAGCUGAACCUUGUCAUCCCAGCCCUUGCCCGUCAUACACCAUUAGCCUUAAGGUGGG